AAAGUAUUCCUAGGGUUCGCACGAUAUAUAAUCCUAACCCCGUCAAUUACCUAUUCUCUUCGCAGAGGCUGAGAGAUCAGAAACCACAGCAGCAAGUCAUCAAUUCCUCACAGCCGCCGCCAUGGUGAAGUACUCGAAAGAGCCCGAGAACCCGACUAAGUCUUGCAAGGCUAGGGGUUCUGAUCUCCGUGUUCAUUUCAAGAACACAAGGGAGACAGCGUUUUCCAUCAGGAAGUUGUCAUUGGUUAAGGCAAAAAGUUACUUGGAAGAUGUCAUUGCCCACAAGCAGGCAAUCCCUUUCAGGAGGUUUUGCCGUGGUGUUGGCCGAACUGCUCAAGCUAAGAACAGAGGUCAUCCCAAUGGACAGGGUCGUUGGCCUGCCAAGUCUGCCAAGUUUGUUCUCGAUUUGUUGAAGAAUGCAGAAAGCAAUGCUGAGGUUAAAGGGUUGGAUGUCGAUGCUCUUUACAUUUCUCAUAUCCAGGUGAACCAGGCUCAGAAACAAAGACGUCGUACUUACCGUGCACAUGGAAGGAUCAACCGUAUGUUUUCUUCUUCUCUCUCGUUCCUUUGUCUGUACCAUCUACGAUGUCUAGUUCUGUGUUAAUUAAUCCUUUAUUUUCCUAUUACAGCUUACAUGUCCAGUCCUUGCCACAUUGAGCUUACCUUGUCUGAGAAGGAAGAGCCCGUCAAGAAGGAGCCCGAGACCCAGGUUGCGACUACUGGGAAAUCAAGGAAGUCUCAAGCUUUGCGAAGCGGUGCAUCUUCUUAAGCGUGCCCGUAUUAUCCUGUGUUUCAGAGAGUUUUUGUUUGUUUUCCUAAACUAGAGUUGGUGAAGUCUAUUUAGAAGAAGUGAAUCGAACUUGAUACAUUCAGUGGAGUUUUGUAUCUGCCUUUUAUUGUUCUAUCAAGAAUUUUGUGGGUGGAUAUUGUUGUUUUCCCCUUUAUGAGGUUGGUUUAUGUUUUUCCAUUGUGGAAGACUUCUCCCUCUUCUCAGUUCCUUAAAUGGAAGGAAACUUAAUGCUGGUUGGUUAUCAGGUAUACCGUAUACGUUACGAUCUUGAUUAGCUUGUAGGAUAUACAAGUUCUGCUCAAACUCUCAUAACAAGUAUCUCAGCCGGUUGGUAUAUAACUCAAGGAGUGUGAGAUCAUAU